AUGGCAGGCUGCUCUACUGUGAGCUGUUUCUGGGCCCUGGCUCUAGUUGGCCUGGUCGCAUUGGGCCCGCGGGUUUGGGCUGAGAUCCAGUGCAACGACGCGGUCUCCCAGGUGCUCCCAUGCGAGGCCUACCUGCUAAGCGGGGAGGCCCAGCCCAACGCUGCCUGCUGCGCCGCCGUCCAGUCGCUGGACAAGAUGGUCAUGUCAUCCACCGGGGACCGCCGGGCCAUCUGCCAGUGCUUCAAGGGGAUUGCCAACUCACUGCCCGUUAACCUGGACAAGGCCCAGCGGCUGCCUAACCUCUGCCACGUCACCGUUACCGUCAAGAUAGAUCCCAAUGUCAACUGUGACAGGUAA